AUGGCUCUUACUGAAGUGAUUCGAGCCACGAAGAUAGCUAAAGCAAUCAUUCGCGAGUCCGAGAAAGAGCUCAGGGAAGCUUUGACAAGUGGGAACUCGCCAAAUGAUAGGAUAGGUUUCCUUUCACCACUUGAGCUUGCAUUCGGGUGGCCAAAGGGGACGCAAAUUCUUCUACAGUUAGGGGCAAAUCCGCAUAGUCACUUUCCUUCGCUUGCUGUAGCCGAGGGAGAGGAAUACCACGUUUCUGCCGCUCUUGUACUUGAAGCGGGAUGUGUGAUUGAAGUGGUCGAUUUUGUCCGCAACGAGCUGUGUAAUGAUGGCGGUAAAACAUAUUCACUAUUGGUAGAUCACUUGGCAGCAAGACGAAGAAGAUUAUGCACGCUGGCCGAAUCGUCCUUGCCACUCGAUCAGAUUCCGUCUCUCGAUGGGCCCCCAGCAAACAUAUACGGGGCUCUGGCUGCCAAAGGGAUAGAUGUCCCGAUCGCAUUGCGCUUUGGGGCUAAUUCACUGGGAUCCAUGGGUGUGUACCAAACCAGUUUAGCCUACCAAUCUAGGGAUUUCACCAAGGUCAUGGAUACCAUGUAUGAAAUUGGUUUCCAUGAUGUUGAUUUUCCUGACCAGUAUGGCAUAACACCCUUAAUGGGGUUCAAUGAUUUCUGUCAAGCCGAACCGUCUGUGAUUAUCAAGUGUGCAGCCUGGCUGAUGUCAAGAGGUGCCUGUGUUGAACGGAAAUUGCCGACAUCAAAUGCGAAAGUUGCUCAUCUUCUCACAAGCCAGGUUAUUUACCAGUAUCUUGACGACCUCGAAUUUUUGGGGGAAUUAGAUAGCCGCGAAAAGAAAUACCGCGAUUGGAAAAAAGGUAUUGCUGAAUUAGAAGACGCUUGCUUUUUUGUGUCUUCUACAAAAGACUGCUGCGUUUGCGCCUGUUCUUCUGGCGGAUGUACCACGCUCUCAGUGGCACUUCGAUCCAUCCUUUUGGAGGUAUCUAAGGGGAGAUGGAUAAUCAUGCAUAUCCCGCUCCGGAAAUUGAUUCUCUCUCUCAUUGUAUGGCAGGAUUACUGGCCAGACCUUCCGCGAGCGAUAGUCAGAAUCUUAACGUUCGAUGCCUUGGGCCUCACGCAUACAUGCUGCACCGAAAUAUAUUCUCAGCCACUUGGGCCGGGUGUGCCCGAAGAAAGGAGAGAUGAGACAGAAGUUGGUAGUAUCGCGGAUGACCAGCAUUCCUUGGUCGAAGAAUUCGAAGAACUGAUGGAAGAGAUGGAAAGCAAACUUGAUGAGCUUAGCCUUCCCCUUGAAGAAUUCCUCGAUGGGUAUUGGUAUGAUCGCGUGAUCGAGCAUCUUUCGAGGCGUGACCGCUACGAUGAGGAGCAUGUCACGGAAGCAAGAAAGAUGGGCAUUUUCCUCGAACCAGAGGAGUUCUGCAUCCCCGACAGAGUGUCAUUACAAUUCCGAUCUCCGGUUCAAGAGCUGCAGGAUGAUUUAUUGUUGGAUGAACCCAAAUGA